GUUUCCUUAAAGGAGGUUCUUAAACAACUAGAAGAACAGAAGAAAAGUCUCCAGAAUCAGCUAAAAGACUAUGAACUUAGACUGGAACAAGAAACAAAGGCUUACCACAAAGCUAAUGAUGAGCGGCGCAUGUGCCUUUCAGAGAUCUUACAGGCCUCAACUACACUUAAAAUUGUUAAAAGGCAAAGACCAGAUGCUCUGACAGGCAAGGGAGAAAACCAGAAUCUGAGAGGGAGAUACAGUGUUCCAGGAAACCCGAAGAUGGUUAAUCCCCAGAAAGGAUUAAUUAAAAAGACUAUAGGAGUGAAGCAGCUUCCGAAACUAAAGCAUUGA